GCUGACGAUGGAAAUAAGUGCAAUAUUUUAAGAAACUGGGCUACACGUGCUAAUGAACAAUGUCUUUUGAGAAAAUACUUUACAAAUAUGACGAACCACACGGCAUUGGAGAUGUGUACUUUAUUUGGCAAAAAGGAAGCACCGGCACACUUCUUGCUACGACGGGUACCGAUGGAUCUGUGGCGAUAUAUAACCGUCAGGGUCAGCUAGUGCAGCGCUUAAUUCUAGUCGGUCUCUGCUCCGGCUUUGCAUGGGACAGCGAUGGUGAAUUACUGGGAAUCAUUACCUCCAGCUCUCCCAACAUUACGCUUUGGGAAGCGGCCACAGAACAAAAAAUAAGCAUAGAGUCUGGCCUACGUGAUCCACUCACCUGCAUUUUGUGGUCAAAACAGGAGCAACUGUUGGCAGUAGGAACGGGGCGUGGCAAUUUGGCUAUCUACAACCACCGCACGGGGAAACGCACUCCAGUGUUAGGCAAACACACUAAACGAAUCACUUGUGGUGCUUGGUCGGCACAAAACCUCCUCGCUCUUGGAUCUGACGACAAGAGUUUCUCGUUAAGCAAUGAGGAGGGCGAUUCAAUGAGAAUUGUUCAACUGCGUGAUGUGCCUUCCGAUAUGUACUUUGCUGAAAUGGCUAACGACGAGCGCAUCGCAGGAGAUAAUGCCAUCAGCAUGAUCAUUGGAAAGCGCACAUUGUUUCUGUACUACUUACCGGAACCAGACAAUCCAACGGAGCUGGGAUUUCAAAGUCGUUAUGGUUCAUUGCUGCAGCAUAAAUGGUUUGGUGAAGGUUACAUUCUGCUCGGGUUUUCUAAUGGACAUGUAGUCGCCAUCUCGACGCAUCCCAAAGACGUCGGCCAGGAGCUGUGGCAAGUAAAGAAUCAUAAAGACACGUUAGCGAGCUUGGCCUACUGCCCGUCUUUAGACAUUGUGGCCUCCUGUGGUGAUGAUAAUAUCAAAAUACACUCCAUAACGAACCUGCAGGAAACGGAACACAUAAUAACGGUACCCGAUCAUGCCAGCGUGCAAAUGAUUGAUUGGUCGCCGGAUGGCCAGCUUAUGGCUGUCACUACGAGUGGCGGAGCUGUGUACACCUAUGUCAAGGUGCCAAGCAUGUUUGCAGUAUCGCCUCCGCGAAUUGUCAUGCUUAGUAGCCUGGCCGAAGUUUCAAUAUAUGUUUACGCGCCGGAAAAGUCUAAACCGUUACCUUUUCGCCUCUCCCUUGAAUCAGAGCCCACAUUCCUGGCUUUGGGCCCAUAUAACUUAGCCGCUGGCGUUGACAAACACAUCUGGUUCUACGAUUUGGGGAAGAGCCUGGGCGAAGAACCGCGUUUGUUAAGAAAUGAGCGUGACAUGCCACGUAGUAUUGCCGCCAUGAAAAUGAAUGCAGACUAUUGUGCGGUUCUAUGUCCCCCACAGCUUUUCCUCCAGGCUAUUACUGCUGACAACCCAAAUGUAAAGGAUAAGCUUCAACAAUGCUUUCCAAACGCUCUGCCUACACUAAGCGAUGCAGUCAUCACAUGCUUUGGUAUAACGCAGGAUCUACUUAUCUUUGCCACAGACAUUGGACAUCUCGUAUUUUACUCCUUGGAGAAAUGGGACGUUUGCUCAAUAUACCGUCACAGCAUGGGAAUCACUAGUUUAUACCCAGAUAUUGAAGGCACUAAAACUAUUUUCAUUGAUGAUAAUAACCAGGGAUUCAUAUAUCUUCCCGCUUUGGAUGAGGCCUUGUUGAUUAUGGACCUGCCCAAACAGUGUCUAGGCUGCAUUUGGGAUUUAACUCAGUCGAAUAUUUUCAUUAGCUACGACGCGCGCAUCGUGAACACGCACGUGUUCGUGCGGUACUCUGUUAAGGGCAAGCACACGCUUAAAGUUGGCGAGUCCAAACUAAAUCCCGGUCAGUUUCCGCUGCUGCUCUGUGCGGGCGAGAUGGCGCUCCAUAUUGAUGGCGGACAGUAUGCUACACAGUCACUUAGCACGCACGUUGUGAACCCAAACAAUAGUCAGAUGGGCAACAUGCAAUUGUUGCUGCGCCUUAAAAAGUACAGCGAAGCCUUCAAAGCCUGCGAUCAGAUGGGCUUAAGCAGUGCUUGGCGUGAGCUCGGGGAGCAGGCAAUAGCCGACUUGGAGCCAGAAAUUGCUCUAGGUGCCUAUCGCAAGCUAGGUGAUGCAGCUAUGGUCGCAGCACUAGAAGAGGUGCGGUACAUCGAGGAUAUGAAUAUGUUGAGCGGAUGUUGCUGCAUGCUACUUGCUCAGUACGAGCAGGCCAAGGAUUAUAUGCUCAAGGGUGCUUAUACGCGAGCCGCGCUCGACCUUUGCCGGGAUUUGCUGCAGUGGGAACAAGCGCUUAUGCUGGCCCACAAGUAUGAAUUGAAUGAGGUCCCUUAUAUAGCGCGCGAAUAUGCCCAGCAAUUGGAGUUCACAGGUAACUAUGCUGACGCUUUGUAUCACUACGAAAAAGGCUACAAAGAAGACCUCAUCAACGAUGACACGGUGCCGACGCUGCUACAGAGUAAUCCCGAGUACGCAGAACAUGUGCGACAAUGUAAGAUGGGUAUAGCACGUACAUCCAUACGGGCCGGCGACUUUCGGCGCGGCAUACAAUACGCUGUGGAGCUUCAGGACAAGCAGCUGCUCUUUGAUUGCGCCGAGCUUCUUGCCACCGUUGGACAUCUGACCGAGGCUGCCGGUCUAUACGAGCGCGGUGGCUAUUACGACGAGGCUUGCGCUCACUAUAUUGCACUAAAAAUGUGGCACAAGGCUAACCAAAUUCUGACGCAUGUAAAGAGCACUAAACUGCAUGCCGCCUACGCAAAGGCCAAGGAAUCCGACGGUCACUUUGAGGACGCUAUUAGCAGCUAUCGCAAAGCGGGUGACUUGGACGCAUGUGUGCGUAUCUACUUGGAUCAUUUGUGCGAUCCUCAUGCAGCCUCCGAGAUAGUUAUCGAGUCACGCUCGAUAGACGCAGCGAGAUUGUUGGCCAAAUUCUAUCAGAAGAUCGGCGACGUGGAGCAGGCAUUGCAGUUUCUGGUCAUUUGCGGAUGCGUGGAGGAGGCCUUUGCUCUGGCUCAGCGCCAUGGUCAGUGUCGUCGGUAUGGUGAGCUGCUCGAACGCUAUGAGAACGCUAAGUCUGGCGAUUAUCUGGCAUUGGCGCACUACUUUGAAAGCGAAAAGUACACGCUGCUGGCUGGCAAAUAUUAUUUCCUUGCCCGGGAGUUCACAAAGGCGCUGCGGUUUUUGAUAAAGGCCUCGGCUUUCAGUAACGAGGAGUCACAGUCUCUUUCGCUGGCAAUUGACUGCGUGGCCACGUCUAACAACGAGCAGUUAGCAUCACAACUUAUUGAGUUUUUGCUAGGAGAAGUGGAUGGGGCUCCCAAGGACCCGCGAUAUCUGUUUCGAUUGUAUAUGGCGCGCAGGCACUACAAAGAUGCGGUCAAGACUGCUGUUAUUAUCGCCAACCAGGAACAGUUAGCAGGGAACUACAAAUCUGCACGAGAUCUACUCUACUCCAUGUACCAAGAGCUACGCCGCAACACAAACAUACAGUUCGCAACAGCAGAAAUGCGUCAUAAUUUGAUUUUGCUACAUCGCUACACGUUGGUGCGCAUUCAUGUGAAGCUGGGAAACCAUUUGCUGGCCGCUAAGCUUCUGGUGCAAGUGGCAGCUAACAUUUCGCAAUUUCCGGAACAUAUUAUACCAAUACUCACUUCAACCGUGAUAGAGUGUCAUCGUGCUGGUCUCAAGAAGUCGGCGUUCACCUAUGCCUCAAUGCUAAUGCGGCCGGACUACCGAAACCAACUGGAUGGGCGCUAUAUAAAGAAGAUCGAGUCCAUUGUGCGUAAGGCUCCGAAGGGAAUUAAGCAGCUUCGUGACGAAAUCGAUGAUGAAACCAUGGAGUGCCCCAUAUGUGAUGCAAACUUGGCUAACAUGGAAGUGACCUGCUACAAUUGCAAAACCACACUGCCAAUAUGUAUUGCCACGGGCCAGCACAUCAUCAAACAACAUAUGACUUCGUGCCCCGAAUGUGAUUUUCCGUGCUUUCGUGCCGAAAUGGAGAAAAUACUCUCUGAGAACGGUGAAUGUCCCAUGUGUGGCGAGCAGGUGGCUCCCGAACGAUUGCUGGACGUAGAGGAUAUUCGCCCCUAUAUAUUGGCUGCUUCUUGAAUGCAUCAGCCUAGACAUAAGCAACCGAAUAGACUGCACUAAACAACACCAAAACAUAUUACUAAGUUACAAUUCACAUAAAUCACUUUAAGCGCUUUAUUUUCCUGUACUUAUGUAGUUUCCGUAAACUUUUUGAAAAUACUUAUGUAGACAAUUUGCGUAUAUGUAGUAGGUUAUUAGGUAAAACAAUAAA